UUUUAUUGGCAUAUUUCAAUGAACACAAGGUGGAUUAUGAUAUUGAAAUAAUUAUGAUCUUAACAUUUCAACAUAACGAUUCAAGAAAAUUGAAAUAAAUGGGGAUUUUCAAAUUAAUGGAUUUUUUCUUACAAGUGUACACGUUGGAACUCAUUAACUCUUAACUGUUUAGUGAUUUAAAAGCAGUGCAUAUAAAUGCCUUACCCAAGGUGCAAUGACCAGUAAUCGAACCCCGAAUUUUCAUAUGUCAGGUCAGGAAUCUAUAAAUGACCACUUGGGCAUAGAUUCAUCCGCACCAAUUGAUUAAUUUCGUAUACUUAUGGAAACAUAAUUGCAAGUUUUGCUUAGUUUUGACAUGUUUUUUUAUUAUUAUUUCCAGAGAAUCGUAGAUGAGGGCCUAUUUCUAACCAAGAUCAAAGGAUGGACAUUGUCAGGGUACAAGCUUGUUUAAUGUUUCUGGGUGUCCUGUUGUCACUCUCCUCAAUUGUAGCUGAAAACCUGAUAUCCAAGACGAAAAAUGUCAACAGAAGAGACCAUGGAUCAGCCCGUAUGGCUAGAAGCUACCCCAUAUCUUGCAAUGAGGCAGAUCUACCCUGCCUCUGCAACGGACCUACCCAAGAGACAGGACCUCUCAUCGAGUUCACCAGCAUUUCGUGUUUCCUCUCCAGCAAUUGGAACGUGACCUUGCAAAGGAUUCCCCGCACUCGGUCGCUCACUCUGAACUGCUACUCCCAUGGUAAUCGGACGAACGAUCCAGCAGACCUGAAGGUGGAUCUGUUUGACAACCUCUCAGGGGUUUUGCAGGAACUCACAAUGAUUGGGUGUAAGAUUGGUAGUUUUCCAAGCGAAAUUUUCGCAGACAUGGCCCUUCUCCAGAAGCUGCUUCUGGUGUCUGCAGAUUUAGACGGUGAUCGCUUGGAGGCGAUAGGAGGAAUCAAAACAAAUGCCUCCGUCAAACUUUCCUUAAAUCACCUCCAUUCGCUGGACGCACAUUCCUUUGGUUUUCAAUUAAGCAAUAUAUCGACACUUGAUCUGUCCUUCAACAACAUAGCAGAGAUCGGGAUUGAUACAUUUAUGGUGUUUCCCUCACUUCGAAAGCUCUUCCUGGGAAACAACAGCGUCAGUGUCGUCACUGGAGAUGGGUUCCGUGGACUGCAAAGUCUUACAGAACUCAACAUUAGAGCCAACAACAACCUAUUUAACGAUGAAAGCCGCUGCUUGUUUCAGAACACUGCGUCCCUGAUCACUGUCGAUCUAUCUUCCACCGGCCUAACUAAUGCAAGUCAUUUCAACUGUGCUCCUCUUUUACAUUUAAGAAGGUUGAUUAUCCAUGAUAAUAAUUUGCCGUCACUUGAUGGUUAUGUUUUCGUUCACAUGCCGAAUGUAACUUUCAUUGAUUUGUCAAACAAUGCUUUAGAAUAUAUCCAUCCCAGCGCGUUUCACGGUGGACUAAAUGACUUAAAAUAUGUAAACAUGAGCGGUAAUGAUCUCCAAGAGUUCCCAGUCUUUGCUUUCGAGUCAACCCCAAAUAUAAGAUUAAUCAAUAUCUCUCACAAUCAUCUUCGUGUGAUUAGGAUGGGGACAUUCAGCAGCCUCCCUUCUCUCCAAACGAUAGAUCUUUCAUUCAAUCGGCUUCAGACCAUAGAAGUCCUUGGAAUAGUCAACCUUGAUAGCCUGACCAUGAUUGACCUCAGAUACAACGACUUUGUCCUCUUUCCCGACGAUUUGGUUUGGCCUUUCGAUAUCCGACCGCCACAUAUACCGAUAGAUACACUCCUUCAAGGUAAUAGAUUUACUUGUGGGUGUCCAGUGAUGUUGUUCAUACGAAGAGGUGAUUUUGAGGAUACCUAUCCGUUUUUCCAUCUUCCCGACAACUCGAGUUGGACUUGUAAUGCUCCAUCACCCGUAGCUGCCAAGUCUAUGAUGACAUUACCCCUUGAGGAUUUUUGGUGUCCAUACGAAGACAACACAUGUAAGCAGGGGUCGUGCGAAUGCUACAGACGUGACAUUGAUCGAGCAAAUAUAUUCUUCUGUCCUAAUAACUCGCUGCACUCCUUGCCAAACAUUCCUGCAGAAACUCUCAUCUUCGACUGCAAUGGAUGUCUUAUUGACGAUCACUAUACAUUGCGUGCAGAAGAUUUUCAAACAAGUGCUAAGCUUGCUGUUCUUGCUCUGCGUGAUAUUGGUCUCGAAACUAUUUUAUCUGAUGCUUUGCUAGGAUUUCCCAAUCUACAACAGCUGAAUCUUUCAAAUAAUGUUUUAAACAAGUUCGACGUUGAUAUUCUUACUGAUCUAACCGAUCUAAGAGAAAUAGACCUUUCUAGGAACGGAGUAAAUUCUCUCAGUUCCCAUACAUUCGAAAGAAAUCCCAAUCUCACGACUAUUUACAUCCAUGGCAACAGUCUCCAGUCCCUCGAAGACGGCAUCUUCAACUCUACGUCGCAUCUGAAGGUUCUGACCUUACACGACAACCCUUUCAUUUGCAACUGUUCUCUCUUUUGGUUAAAACAGUGGCUCCAGUCACACAUUGACGUUGUUCCUCGGCUCUAUGAUGUCGAGUGUUACGUCAAUUCCUCGGACAAUGCAAUGUACCCGAUCAUCCAGGUGGCUGACCAGGACUUCGGAUGCUCAUCUCCAGAUGUCUUGACAAUUCAGGAGUACAACGCAGUCAUUGCUACAUCAACAUUAACCUUGUUUUUCCUGAUGGUUAUGGCAGUGAUCUUUCGGCAUAGAAGAGCCAUACGCGUCAUUCUCUACACCAGAUACGGAUUCCACGUCCUGCACGAUGACGACGACGAUGAUGUCGUCUUGGACAACAUCAGGUGGGAGUACGAUGCUUAUAUUGCUUACAGCGAUGAAGACAUCGAUUAUGUGCUCAAGAACAUCAUACCAAUCUUGGAAGAAGAUGUCAACCUGCCUUACAAGCUGUGCAUACGCCAUCGGGACUUCCCGCCCGGCGGAUGCAUCGCUACGACCAUUGUUACAAGUCUUGAGGCAAGCCGACGUAGCAUCAUCGUCAUAAGCAGAAGUUUCCUGCAGGAUGAAUGGCGUCUCCUCGAGUUCAAGACGGCUCACCAGCGUGUCCUUCAGGAUAAGCGAAACAAGAACCUCAUCCUCGUAUUCCUCGAAGACUUGGACAGGGAUGAGAUGGACGAAGACAUGAGGUAUUACGUCACAGCCAAUGCGUAUUUGUCGGUCACGAAUCGUUUGUUUCGUGAAAACCUUCUGUACGAGAUGCCAAGACAUCCUCUGGCUGAAAUUCAUGGUGAUGGAGAUCACCAGAGGUAGAGUCUGACCAAUGUCAGCGUAUAGCUGAUCAUCGAUGAUCGCCACUACUACUUGUAUUACUUAUAUAUCUGGUGCAUGUUAUAAUAUGUACACUCUAAAAUAUCAAGGAUUAUUUAAUAAAGUCAAUGGUUUGGUGGAUAUGCUCGACUGACUCUCAAAUGUUAAAAACUGUGUUAAUGACCAUCAAAUCUGUAAUAAUUUACCAAUAAUUGUCUACAGACACGUGAUCCAUCAACAAAUGUAUUAUGCUAAUUUUUUAAAAAGAGUGCCACACUGCUUAAUCAUAACAGCAUUUUUUAAAAAUAGUAUUUUGUUGAUAGAAAAUAAUGUAGUGCAGAAGAUGACCCAUCAUUGCCCAUGGCCAUCCAUCGGUCAGAAGAGUCGGUAUCGUUAAUGUUGGGACAGCAAUAUGGCAGGAUUUUAAGUGUUGAUGAAAAUAGAGUAAGACUAAUUUUUGCUCUUAUGCCUUUUACCCUAUCAAUGCAUUUUCAACUGAAAAGGAAAAACAGAAAAGUUUUUAAUUUUCUUCUUUUUUUAAUUUGCAGGACAUUGCAGGACAUUGCUAA